GCCCUAAUAAAUGAAAGAAAGACCACAAAGAAGUCGAACAGAACAAAGAGGCUUCACCAUACGCCUAAAACAGUCCCUCAUUAGGAGAACCGAGAAGGAAGCAAAAAAGAAACGGAAAUAAAAGAAACGAAACAAAAGACCAGAAGAAAAAGUCUCCCCAAAAAAUCGACCCAUUUGCCCUCCCUUGCACGGCAAAACAGUCCCUUACGCCAUGACCACCAGGUGACACAGACCCUACCACUUCUUCGCCCCUGGUUCGUUUGGCUGUCGGUUUUGACAUCCCAAGCCUCGGAUGACCUCCAUGAGUCCCCGGAUUACACGGUCACGCAGCGGCAGGAUGUCUCACCAACCCGUGGCCCUGCGUGCGAACUCCUCGCCCCCACGAACCCCUCCGUCUGCCAACGCCAUGCCGGUCAAACGAGCGCCCCAUCCGCGCCCUUCCGUGCGCGAAACCUUCUUGGACGACUUCAACCACACCGACCAGACCAACAGCAGCAAUGAGUCUGGAGACGAGCGCGAUCCGCACGAUCUGUCCCUGUCCCCCAAGCAUGCCGCCCGCACCUCCAUCGUCGACAAUAUGCUGCUCUCCUUGGACCAGUUCGCCACCUCCAAUCCCUCUGUCCUCGAUGACUACCGCUUGUUCAAUUCCGCCUUCGAGUCCGACAACGCCCACGGCCGCUCCUCGCAGGACUCUAUGGCCCCGCCGCGCCAUCGCGGCCAUACAUUUUCCUCCUCUCUGUCCUCCGAGGCCGACUUCCACUACGAUGACGCCGCCGGCCGCUACGGCGCUUCGCAGGGAAGGACCCGCCGGAGUACCAGUAGCUCCAACUAUCAGUCCAGCCUGCGGAGGUUUGGGAGUGCCCGGAGUCCCGACCACCGGCCCGCGCGCGGCCAAUUUGGCGACGGGCGAACCCCGACCGGCGUGGUUACCGCGAGCGGCCGUGCCCCCAGGAAGGGCAGCAAGGGGAGUACCACGUCCACGAUCGAUUUUGGCCCGUCCUUGUCGCGACGCCGGGCCGAGUCGGCGGACGAGAGGCGCUCCGCCAGCUUCGACUACGGCUCGCGACACCCCUUUGUCCCCUUCGUCGAGCCCACGACCGAGUAUCACUCGUUGGUCUACCGUGAUGAUGAUGACGACGACGACGAUGACGACGACGACGCCGCCCCCACGCCCAGUGUCCCCGCGGGCCCCCGGAAACACCUGGCGUCGUCGCACGGCGAGUAUGCCGCGGCCCCGACGCACCAGUCGUCACGCACCCCGAUCGUGUCGCGGAAGAACAGCGUGAAAUCCUCCAAGACCAACCCCGGCCGGAAGCCGCGCCCCGAGAACCUCGGCACCGCGACCAUGAAGGUCCGCACCCAGGGCCCGGCCGACCUCGAGGACCCCGACCUAGACCUGCCCCCGCCGAUCCCCGGCGCCUUCGACCCGCCCGCCCCAAGCCCCACGAUCUCCUUCAACAAGCCGACCUUCCCCGCCCCGCCGCCGCCCGAACCGGCCCCGGCCAAGGAACGCCAGGGCUUCUUCCGCCGGGUCUUCGGGUCGUCUAAGGCUUCCACCCCGGCCCCGUCGGAGACCACACCAUCUGAGGCCUCGUUCCCUGCGGGAGGCGACCCGAAAGGCAUCAGUGCACCGGGUCCCGAGGCGAAGACGUGGCGGCAGCCGUUGAAGGCUAACACUACGGGCGCCGGUCCCGCGCGCGAGGGUGCCCCGCAAGUGGUCAACAAGAAGCCCUCCUUCUUCCGUCGCCGCAAGAAGUCGGUCGCCGAGAGCACCCCGCCCCCCAUUGUGCUUCCGCAAGACCCCGGUCCGCGAACCACGGUGGACCCUCCGAAGCUCGACCGGAGCCCCGCGAGCAGUUUGCGGGAGGUGAUGAACCCAUUCCUGGGGGAGGGCCGUGGCACCGACUCGCCGGAGGCGGGGCGGACUGGCCCCGAAAAGCUGGAGAUCAAGAAGUCGGGGGGCCUGCUCCCGCAGACGCAGCGCGAGAGUGUGCUGGGCCCCGCUGACGCGCGGCCUAGGUACAGUCUCUACCCGGUUUCCACGUCCCACGGGGCCUACGACACCUCGUUCCUGGCGGGGAACAGUAGCGGGGAUGACGACCGAUCCAGCGAUGUCGACCCCGUCUCCAUCGCCGAGCCGAACGAGGACCGGAAUGCAGCCGCCGGCCGCGACCCGCCCGCGAUGUCGAACUCCCGGCUGACGCCCCAGGACCUAACGGGGCCGUCCCUCUCCCCCGUGGUGGAGAGCUUCUCCCAGAAGAGCAUCUCGCCUGUCGACGGUCCCGAACGGCGUCACAGCCUGUUUCCGGGGCCGGGGGAGUCGGACGCCACCAAAUCCCCCAGCGACUCGAUCCCGUACAGGGACGCCCACAACAACACCCGCCCGUUGUCCGCCUCGAUGGUGGGUUCCGGUGGUGGUUCUUCCCCGGGGGGUGCGAGGUCCGAGAACUCCAAGUCCCACACGGCGUCCAACACCCACGAGGUGCCCUCAGCGGGUCCCCCCGCGACGGCGGCCAGCGAGGGCGCCACGAAUGGUGCCGGCCAGCCUGCGGCGGACGAGCCCGCGGACUCCAUCCAAGGACAAGCCCGAAAGCUCUUUGACAGCCAGGAUGAGGUAGUCGGGAACGACCCGGCGGCCGCCUGGCUCGGCGACCCUGACCGGGCCGCCACGCGCAAGGCCUAUAUGGAUCUCUUCGAUUUCGCCAAUUUGAAUAUCUUGGCAGCGCUGCGCAGUCUGUGCAACCGGCUGGUCCUCAAGGGGGAGACGCAGCAGGUCGAUCGAGUUCUGGAUGCCUUCUCUGUCCGAUGGUGUCAGUGCAACCCCAAUCACGGUUUCAAGGCCGCAGAUGUCGUGCACACCAUCUGUUACUCGCUUCUCCUCUUGAACACGGACUUGCAUCUUGCGGACAUCGAACAGAAGAUGACCAAAAACCAAUUCGUCCGGAACACGAUACCCACCGUCCGUCGGGUGGCCGCCGAUGCAACCCCCGAUCCGUCUGACUCCCCUCUCGAUGGGUCCCAGCCCGGCCGCGCGGAUGAAGCCGAUCCGGCCAAACCCGCCAACGCACCGGCCAAACUCGUCAAUCGACUCUCUCGGACCGACCUCUCGAUCAAGCUGGCCGGCGACCCGGACAGCGACGGCGGUCCCUUGGUCAGCACGCCGUUUUACGGCAGCCUGCGGGCCUGGGAGCAGCAGGUGGAGACGGUUCUCCGCGACUUCUACACCUCCAUCCAGAAACAGAGGCUUCCCCUGUUCGGCGCGCCAUCGGAGGGUCCCCGGGGGUCAUCGAACGCGCUUCUGGGCCCCAGUUCCAAUAGUCUUCGUCGGAGUCCCAGCACCGUGAGCAAGAGUGGCUCCGAUAUCUACCCGCGGGGCCGCUCGGCCGAUUCCCGCUAUGGCACCGCCCGGUGGUCGUCCAAGCCUCGAUCCCGGGGGCGACUGUACCCGCCCUCCACUAUGGGGUCUAGUCGGACCAGUUUGGACGACCAGUCGUCGCUGUGGAGCCCGUCCGGCUCCAGCACCUGGAGCAAAUACUCCCUGGGGAAGCUGACCUCGGCGUCCGUGGAUUCCUUCGGGUCGGAGUAUCCCCGGGGCGACUACCAGCAGUCGAUCGGGUUUGCCAACGCACUCAGCCAGGCGAUCAUCCGCGAGGAUUCUGCCCAGUCGAUCACCAGCAUGGAUGACCCGGAGCGGACCACACCUCUCCUGGAGGAUGAGACCCUGCAGCUGGCCGGCGCGCCGUGGGCCAAGGAAGGCAGCUUGACCCACAAGCACCACUUGGACUCGGUCGACAAACGUGCCAAGGACCGCAAUUGGGGCGACUGCUUUGCGGUCAUCCAGCAGGGCUGGAUGCGCCUCUUCUCCUUCAAAACCCCGCCGAAGUCGGGCCGACAGAAGUCGCGGCAACGCCAGCCGGGUGGUGUUGUCGUGGGCGGAGGCAACUGGACCGAGAACGCCGAAGAGACCUGGAAGUUCCUGCUGCGGCAAACCAUCGCCAGCGCCCUUCCACCCCCUGGGUACUCCAAGUCUCGUCCGCACGUCUGGGCGUUGAGCCUGCCCACCGGCGCCGUGCACCUGUUCCAGGCGGGCACGCCGGAGAUUGUCCGCGAGUUCGUCUCCAGUGCCAAUUACUGGAGCGCGCGGCUCUCCAAGGAGCCCCUGAUCGGCGGGGUCAGCAACAUCGAAUAUGGCUGGAGUGACGCCGUCAUCAACAGCGCGCUGAUCGACGCCAACCGGGCGACGCCACCAUCGUCCUCGGGGGCUCGGCCAAGCAUCCAGAGCUCCAUCCGCAGCUCCAUCGACCAGCAGGGUGGCGUGCGGCCGCGUCUCCCCGCCGACCGGGUGCACAUCAGCGACUGGGCGCCCCCUCAACAGAGCAUGAUGGCGUCCACGCUGACGGAAGACGACCAGCUCAAGGCCCUCCAAGCGUACGUCCGCAAGGUCGAAGAGGAGUUGCAGCGCCACAACGAACUGCGAUCGGCCAUGGUCCUCGCCUUCUCGCCGCGACACCCCAACGGGGUCAAGGCGAUGGCCAACUGGGAGCGGAAAUCCGCCUACUUGCUGCGGGAGAUUGUCAAGUUCCGCACCUACAUCGACUCCCUCCAGGGAGCGAUCGACGCCAAAAAUAAGAUCUACGCUUCUCGCGAGGAGCCCGCGGAGGCUGUUCCAUCAUGAGGGCCUCUGGGAGUAUCUUCCGAGUAAUUGUGAGAGACUUUCCUUUUCUUUCUUUUUGGGUUCAUCAGGCCACCCUUAGUUCCUAUGUACAUUUUCCCUCCCUCUCUUGAACUUUUUUUUUUCCCUUUUUUCUUCUUUUUCUUCUUCAGACCGGGUCUAGAGGAUGUAUACGAAACGGGAUGACUCUUUGCUUUCUUGUAUCUUCUUCUUCGUCUUUCUUUACUUCUUUGUGGCUUCUAUAUUACCUUGGGAUUAUUGUGACGCGGCAUUUACUAUGGGAAAGCGAUGAGCGGUUUUAGUCUUUUAAUCUUUCCCUAUAUAUCCUGUUCUUGUCUUUAUUAUCAUUGCUUUUUUAUCAACUCCUAAGACCCUUGAAAUAUCCGGUCAAAUCUAUCCCUUGUGCAUAUUAUAGAGUUGUUGGGCUGUGACCUUGUGAGGUGUCAGUCACCUGAUUGGUCGUGGCUGUAAACAAAUAAGGCAUCCAGG